AUGCUCUACUCGGGUGACUCAACCACGGCGCGAUAUAUCAUCAACGGCUUCUUGACUCCGCCGGUGCGGCUGACGUGUGGGCUCGGCCAAGGGGACCCGGCGUCGUCGUCGGUCUGGGAUGUCGUGUUCCAGCCGUUCCUGGAUGCUCUGCACCGUCGAGGCAUCGCGCUGAACCUCUCGCUUCCUACCAUUCACCCCUACCCACAGAGCCGCGCCAUUACAUCCCUUGCGUUUGCCGAUGACGUCGUCGUCGCUGUCGCGGGCUCGGAGUCACUCAACUUGCUCGACGACCUGGCGCUCGACUGGAGGCUCGCAACCAAUGGCCGGCUCAACACCGACAAGACCGUCGUACUACCCAUCGGGUGUCGCUGGGAGGCUGGCGAUCGUCCGCUCGUCGUCAAGGCCGAGGGCGAGUCGCUCGAGUGGAUCGGCCUAUCUUUCGACCCCACCGGCAACACCGAACUCGCCAACGUGAAUCUCGUCGCACGGCUCGAAGCGGUGCUCGAUUCGGCACGGGACCGAGGGCUCACACACCACACCCGAGCGUUCUACGUCAACCGAUACGCCAUUCCCAAGAUUCUGCACAUCCUCUCCGCCGACAUCCCACCGCUCGAGGUCGUCAAGGAGCUUGAUCGCAUUCUCGCCGACUUUGUCCGCGGCGGCAAGAGGAGGUCGUGCUAUGGCAAGGACGUCGUCUUCACACCGAGGUUCAAGGGGGGUCUUGGGGUCAUGCGGAUGCAGGACGUCGUCGACUCGGUUGCGGCACGCGUCUGGGACGUGCUUCUUGGCGGUUCGGAUGCGAUCUGGCAGGGACUUGCGCGCGCGGCGAUUGUACGAGCCCAUCCCGCCCCCGACUUUGACUUGGCAACCGAUGCGUGGCCUUGCGACUACACUCCGAUCCGAACCGAUCUACACCCAAGAUGGCAGGCCGUGCUGAAGGUACCAUCGACGCACAAUGCGCAAGUCAAGCCGAGGACGUUGACGCUCGCGAACCUUCUCGCUCUUCCGAUCAAGUUGCACACCCUUCACUACCUACCGGGAGCACCAGCUGUGUCGCGACCACCCUACGACGCCGACUAUGCUGCGUUUGCCAUUUACGCCAAGGUAGCGGACCUGUUUCGACGCGAGCUGUACCCGGGCGGGGGCUUUCAUCUCUGGACGCCGCCGACGGAUGUGGUCGUCAGCAACAGCGAAUACGAUCAACGGGGCCGCCCACAACGAGAGCACAUCGUGGCAUGGUACCGACAUGCGAUCAAUCGAUUGAGGUUCACACCAAUAGCUCAACCGGUGGCGGCAGUACGAAUCAACGGGCCUCCCCGAGUCCGCCCCACCACGCCGCUCGAGUCGAUCCUGCCCCAUCCGAUCGACCCGCCGCAGCGCCUUCCGAGACCGGCUCUCCCAGACCAAUCAACACAAUACAACUUGCUCAGCAUGGAUCGGCCAUACACCAUCCGUCGCGUCCGCCGAGUCUUGAAUGCAAAGGCCUUCACCGACACGAUCGGUUUCAGGGACUCGCUGCAGCCCGACGAUCUCAAGGGAUUCUGGAAGGGGGUCAACUCGAAGGCAUUGACGGCGAGGGAACGCGAGGUGUGGUUCAAGCUCGUCAGGAACUUCACCCCGACUCGGAGUCUGCAGUUUCAUCAAAAGCACGACGACUCGCCCGCGUGCCUCGUCUGUGGAGCGCCCAAGGACGAUCGGGAGCACUACUUCUUCGACUGCGUUGACUCUAGGAACGUUUGGAUCGCGGCAAGGGGCGUGCUCUGCGACGCACUGGGGCUCGACACGAUCGACAACACGCAUUACACGGCCGUUCAACGCAUGUUCGGACUUCCGAAGCUCAAGGCCAGUCUGCGCGAUCAGGAAGGAGCGGGGAGGACGAUCGAAAUAUUGACCGGGCUGGUCUUGGAGAUGAUCAGCAGCGGGAGGUGGGGGAUGCAGAAGUGGGGGACGAGGCUGGAGGGUGUUGGGAGGAGGAGGAUCAUCUUGGAGGAGAGGUUGAAGCUGAGGGCGGGAGGAGCUUGGGGGAGGAGAGGGCAGUAG